AUGAAACAAGGCUGCAUCGACACAGAGAAAUGGAUCCGUAAAGGUAGAAAGAACCAAUUAAAACAUCUUAUGGAUCUUUUAAGCAAAUCAACAAUUUCAGAAGGCUUCAAGGGAAUUUGCGAUUUUGACAGCGACGUAUUUCGCCCGGUAGGUUCAGAGGAAAGUCCUCCUAACCUCUGGGCUCUGACUUUGGUAACCCUGGUGAGUAUAGCCAUUGCAAUUCCUCGCACGGACCGAGAACUGAUCGAACCAUUGCUACAUGGGGUACAUGAAGGCCUCCGUUGCAUGAGAUUCAUAGAGAAGAAGCUGGAUUUGAAAGGGCUGGUAAACAUUAAGGAAGCAGCGCAUAUCAUCUGGCAAGGUGUUGAUCUUAACCAUAAAUGGCUUGAUGUGGAUCUUUCCACAUUGAUCCCUGAAGAGAAGGAUCCCAAGAAAAUAAUCGGACGCCUUGCAGAGAUUGGAAAGGAUUGUGUUUUAGACUUUGAGAAGACCAUGGCGCCUAUGUGUGGAAACAAGAAGACUCUUAAGUGGACGGCCAAAGCAUUGGCGGCCAAUUCUCUGUAUAGAAUUUGUCAAACCAUUCUGGAUGACUAUGAAAACAAAUUUGGGUCAGCGGAAGAGCUGUUCGAAUGGUUGUGUGUAACGAUUUCUAAUAUAUUGGGAGCCCGUCUUACCAACUUACGCAUGCGAUAUCCAUCGAAUGCUCUUCCAGUGCCAUCGAAGCAAAGGAAGAUAGCAUUGGGAAAGCAGCUUCUUUUCUUGGCGAAGCUGAAAACAUAUUGGAAACUCUUGGACACCAAGGGGUUCAAGAUCUGGGUAUUGAUCAAUGUGCCCAUGUCGACGACUGGCAUACCAGCAAACUGA